GAUAUAUUAGCUCUAGGGCUCAGCAUGGGCAAACGUCCCAAAACCCCAGACCCCACAAAAUUUGGGCAUCGGUUUUUGAAGCCCAGAUACAUGAAUUUUCACUAGUCCCAAAGUUUAAUAAAUGGGUAUCUUGAAUUUAUGUGCAUUUUCUGUCAUCUACUUUUGUUUUUAUUUUUUCAAGCAGUUUUCCAAAAAGUCUCCUUGCCAGUCCUGCAUAAAAUAAAAUCCAACCCGAAAUGACUGAUAGUUUUAACCUAUAGUUUAUUGUAAUCUAUUGACCAGAUGGUUUAUUGACCCUAGUUUUGCUAAAGUGCUCCCCAGGCAGAUUAAUCUACUGAAAAGUAGGCCUCCGCUUGAACUCAUGGAUAUGAAAACCAUAAAGCAGGAUGCUCAAAUGGGUUGUUCAAUUACUGAUACAUUCUUUGUCAUCUUAUUGAAUGUGUUGAUGGCCUUCUAAUGGGCAUUAGCUCCUUCACAUUGGGCUAGAUGGGAUGGGCUUUUCUUUUGCCAUAUAAUUUAACCUUGGCCAAAUUUGAGUAUAUGGGCGAGAUUCUUCUUCUACAGUACUACCUCCUUCGCAUUCGGCCAGACAGGCUGACUUUUCUUCCCCUUACCAUUACCUCUUCUGUAUUAGGCUAGAUGGGUUGAGAUUUUCCUCCACUAAGUAUUACCUCUUCUAGGAUUGGCCUAUAUGGGUUGAGUUUUCCUUGUGAAAAUAAUUAUCUUCUCUGCAUUUGGCUAGAUGACUUUUUGUCAGCCAAAUUUGGUAAGACGGGUCAUUCAAAACCAGCCUUUCUCUAAUUUUACUGGUUAGCUGCCGUGGCCUACAGUCUUUUUUAUUGAAUACUUUUUUCAAGCAGUUUUCCUUGAAAGGGCCCCAGCAGAGAUUUUAGACUUGCAAAUGUUAGCAAGAUGAAUGCGAAAACCUUUUCCAAGUCUUCAAAUGCGGUCAGUUUUGUCAGGUAUUUUGUUGGAAAAUUUCUUUGACUGUGUUGCCGAAGUUGGUGCAGCACUGGCUUUUUCAAGGAUGGGUGAUCCUGGUUUCAGGAUUGACACCACGGCUAGGCUCGCCCAGUGGAGGAUAGAGAAUUUGGCCUCUUUUACGUAUCGGAAGUCUGAUCCAUUCAAGAUUGGAUUAUGGAAUUGGCACAUUUCAGUGGAAAAGAAUAAAUUUCUCUAUAUACGGCUUUUCCCAGAACCUUCAAGAUUGUCAAAGGAGCAGCCUCCAAUGGCAUCAUUCACAAUUCAAAUUAUGAGCUUGGGCGGAAGUCGUCGGACUUUAACAUGUCCAGGUAUGAAAAUCACGGACAAGAUACUCAAGAUUGGCGAGGAUUUUGUUUGGCCAGUUGAAUUGUCAUUCAAUGGAAAAUUUGUUAUUGAUGUGGAAUUCGUGGAUUUGAAAGUUGCAUGUCCAAAUGGUGGCGAGCCUCGUUCAAUUUGGUCUAGUGAAGAAAUAAUCUGUGGCCGAUCAGAACAAAGUGCAUUGAAGUCUUUAGGUCGCAUGUUAAGUGAUGGAUUGCAUGCAGACGUUACCAUAAAUGCUUUUGAUGGAAGUGUUGGAGCUCAUCGUGCUAUCCUUGCUGCUAGAUCACCUGUUUUUGAAAGCAUGUUUGCUCAUGACUUGAAGGAGAAGGAAUCUUCAAUAAUUGAUAUUGAAGACAUGUCCAUUGAUGUAUGCAAGGCUGUUUUGAGCUAUAUUUAUGGAUGCCUUGGACCUGAUGAGUUUCAAGAACACAGGUUGGCUUUGCUUCGAGCAGCAGAUAAAUAUGAUAUGGGUGAUCUAAAGGAUGCUUGUGAAGAAAGCCUUGUGGAUGACAUUAAUUGUAGAAAUGUACUUGAAAGGCUACAAAAUGCUUCCUUGUAUCAUCUGCCUAAACUUAAGAGGAGUUGCCUGAAGUAUCUUGUAGAAUUUGGUAAAAUAUUGGAUAUUCGUGAAGAAUUGCUCUUGUUUCUACAAUAUGCAGAUAGGGGUCUUGUUAGUGAAAUUUUUCAGGAGUUACUGAGUGCUUGGAAAGUUUGAUGAUGCAACUAUUAUUAUCACAGUGGUAAUUUAUACAGAGAUGAAAUUGUCUUUGUAUUAUAUUAGUCAUCAAGAAGUUCAAUUCUUAUAUUUGAUCUCUAUGAAAGCUCAUGAACACAGAUAUCAAUGUAAAUACGAAAGCUCUCUACUCAAUGCAACCUAAUUAAAUCUGAUUGUAUCUGCUUACAAAUUCCA